UCAUUCAGCACAACUGUUGCUUUCCUCAUUUCUUCAGUCUUAAUAAAUAUCUGACGCCGCUAGGAGUGGUGGAGCUCCAACAAACCUUUAAUCAUGGGAUUCUCAGCGCAGAUCACAACCUUUCUCCUGGUAGCAGGAUUUACAGUGAUAACAACAAGAAAUAUUGAAGAUAUAUUAAUGGAUGAGGAUUCACAACAUCCAAAUAGUGUUUAUUCCCGUUUUUCUAAACAUACAAACAAUAAUAUCAAGAUUUUUUAUCAGACCGGGAACUCUGAAUCUGAUCUUCCCGUCUGUUCUCCCUUUUCUGUUUGUGGAAAGCUGGAUACCUACAGUACACCAUGGAUGGAGCGACAGUGUCGCUGUGCAACCUCGUCCUGUUCAACGUCGACACAUGUACGCGAUGGGCAUACUGUACAUGAUAGAACUAAGCAGUACAAGAUCUGCGAGCCUGUGAAGAAACUGAAAAGAUGUAAAUAUUUCCGUGACGUGACGUGGACCAACAUCGUUUACCCGGACAACUCGACGCAGCAGGUCAUGCACUGCCGGUGUCCGAAGAACUCCGUGGCCUAUCUCGUAAAACGCCACGCUUACCAGACCGAUGCAGGACUAGGAUAUCAGUUCAGCUUCGCCUGCUCACCACAAACGAAGUUGAAGUGUGAACGCAAGGAGCCCUGUCGACUUUUCUCCGUGAAAAAAUCUGGAGGUCGGGAUGAUGUUGAUGAGGUCACAAUGUCCAGCCUUUGCUCUUGUCCUCACAACCACAGAUGUCCUAAGCACCACCUGGAUGUUGGUGUUGUACCGGGCCGAGUGUACACAGAAGAUGCUGUACGGACAUACAGUGGGUACUGUAUGUGAGAUACGGGAAGGGGGUUUGGGUAACUACAACCUGUGAUUUUAUCAGAUAUAUCUAUAUACCAUGUAAGACUGACUGCACCAAGACUGUCUGAGAGAGAUGUGCGAACUGAGAUGAGAAUGGAAAGUCCUUCCAUACUAAGAGCUAGACCUGGAUCUAGUUGAUCCAGGAGAAGAGAAAAAAGAACCUAAAGGAAUAGAACCUAGAGCUACAGGCCUGAAACUCUAAGCUGCUUGACAUAAACUUGGGCUGCGAGUCAAAGCUUAACGAUUCCUAGUGUUUUAGCGUUACUUGCGACGAUGCCUCGUAAUCUUUGAGAGAAUGGCGCGCAAGACUGUACGGAUGCCGCAAGUGAUUACAGACUAUCCCGGUGGAUAUUUAAAAUGUUCCACUUUUAAAGUUGCUUCCCUGUUGCUGUGAUAACUGUGCAGGCGGCAGCCAUGCAUUUAUAUUAUAAAUUAUUAAUAAAGUAGAAAAUAAAGUAUCAUUAUA